UUCUCCUGCUGCUUCACACAAUGUUCCAAAGACACAAGUCCCUGGAACGCAGGAGAGAAUUUUUCCAAGGCAUUUCGCGGCCCACAGUGAAGGAGGACAGGAGAAAUUUUCAUUCUUUGUCGCAACUUGUACUCUCAGCAGGCCCUCUAAAACCAACUCCAACCAUCAAACAUUCAAAAACCACUCACUUCGAGAUCGAAAUACUUGAUGCACGAACAAGGAAACAGAUGUGCAUUGUGGAUAAGAUGGCACAAACAUCUACUGUUCAUGAUGUUAAACAAAAAUUUCACAAAGCAUGUCCAAAGUGGUGCCCUUCUCGAGUUGGUCUACAGCUAGAAUGUGGUGGGACUUUUUUGAAGGACUACAUCACUAUUCAAAGCAUUGCAGCCUCCUCAAUUGUCACACUCUAUUUCACAGACUUAGGACAACAAGUCAGUUGGACAACAGUUUUUUUGGCUGAAUAUUCUGGACCUCUAUUUAUAUACCUCCUUUUUUAUUUGAGAAUCUCAUAUAUCUAUGACGUGAGAGAGAGCUCAAGACGACUGCGACAUCCGGUGGUACACUUGGCUUGCUUCUGCCACUGCAGCCACUACAUUCGGCAUCUUUUGGAGACUUUAUUUGUUCACAAAGUUUCUGCAGGACACACUCCAUUGAAGAAUUUGAUAAAGGGCUGUGCCUUUUAUUGGGGAUUCACCUCUUGGAUGGCCUAUUACAUUAAUCACCCACGGUACACACCACCAUCAUUUGGAAACAGGCAAGUCAUAGCAUCUUCUGUCAGUUUUCUGAUGUGUGAAGCUGGCAAUCAUUUCAUCAAUGUGAUGUUGGCACACCCCAGCCACACAGGAAGUAAUGCCAGUUUCCCAAGUCCAAACUAUAAUCCCUUCACGUGGAUGUUUCUACUGGUUUCCUGUCCUAACUACACCUAUGAGAUUGGGUCCUGGAUUAGCUUCUCAGUCAUGACUCAAACACUGCCAGUUGGAAUUUUUACACUUUUGAUGAGUAUCCAGAUGACUUUGUGGGCAAAAAAGAAGCAUAAGAUCUAUCUGAAGAAAUUCAACACAUAUAUGCAUAGGAAAUCAGCAAUAAUUCCAUUUAUUUUGUAA